AAUCUAACCUCCCCGACCCAUAGCUUUUAAUUCUGCAAGUCGUGGAGACUAAAACCCUAAACCCGCGUCGUCGUCUCCCUCUCUCUCUCUCUUUACGCUUCACCGCCGACCAUGGCGAAAGAGAAACUGAAGCCUCUUCCCACCUCUGACGGAGGUGAAAUCGCCGACACUACUCCUAGAGAGAAGAAGCAUAAGAAGAAGAACAGGAAGCGAUCUGAACCCGAUCCCGAUGUGCCUUCAACAACAAGAGAGCCGCGUCAUUCCGGUGUUGACGAAGAAAGGGAUGGAGGGGUAGUAGAGGAUGCUCAUAACGAGCCAACAAUGGGCGAUAAAUUUGAGAGUCUUCAUUUGUUAGAGGGAGAGAAACUUAGAAGCGAGGAGGAGAGUAAUAGAGUCGAUGAUAAGAAGCCUCCUACAGCAGCCUCUGUGAACGUUCUUCUGAGACAGGCAUUGCAUGCUGAUGAUCGCUCUCUUCUACUUGAUUGCUUGUACAACCGAGAUGAACAGGUGAUUGCUAAUUCGGUUGCUAAGUUGAAUUCAGCAGAAGUUCUAAAGCUUCUUAAUUCCCUUCUACCAAUACUACAAUCAAGGGGUGCGGUUUUAGCUUGUGCGAUUCCGUGGAUAAAGUGUGUGUUACUUACUCAUUCCAGUGGGAUUAUGUCCCAAAACUCAUCUUUGAUCGCUUUGAACUCAAUGUAUCAGCUCAUCGAAUCACGAGUAUCAACUCUUCACACUGCCGUAGAAGUUUCAAGCGGCUUAGACUUGCUUGUGGACGAUUUGGAUGAAGAAGAAGAAGAUGAAGGUCCAGUGAUUUACGAGGACAAGGACACUGAUGAUGAAGAAGGACAAGGACCAGAUGAAGCAAUGGAAACAGAUGAAGAUGGAGACGAAUCAGCGGAUGAAGCAGCUGAUGGUGUCAAUGCUUUUGAGGAUUUUGACGACAUGAGCGAUUGAGAAGACUCCCCCGACAACAUAGAAAGUUUUGAUUUUGUGAGUGCUGUUUGGUCGUUACAUGUUCAUGUCGUCUCCGAAUUCUCUAUUAAGUAAUGGUUGAUUGAUUAUUAGACUUUGUACUGAAAAAGAGGUUUAUUUUUUACAUUAAAAAAGGUUGACGUGAA